GGCCGUCGUUGCCGCAAUCAGAGCCGUAGAAGACAGCAUUCCUGAGAGAGCCUUUUAUAUUAUUAUUAUUUGUUUCAAGGUGAAACUAGCAAAGCACUUCAACAGCUUUUGCUAGACACGUGGGGGGACACAAUUAGAACAAUCUUGUUAUAGAGUCGAAUAGAUAGACGCCAAGACAUAGAAUUUGAGUUUUGAACUGCUUGCUUGAAAGUUAAAUCAAACAGUAUUCAUAGAGUGUAUAACUGCCGUUGACGCAAAGAGUUUGACUGGAGUCACAUUUUUAACUCUUUUUGAUCGCACCAUACUAUUAUUAUUAUUAUUAACAGUGAACAUGCACGAGUCUUUCUCCGGCGUACGGAGGUCACCCUCUCCUGCUGUGGUCUCGCAGCGCGCUGGCGGGGCGGGCUACCGCUCCGCAGACGGCGAAUUCAACUACUACCCAACCAGUGUGCACAAACGCCAGCAGCUGGGCGAAACGCAAGCCGAUGCGAGCAAGACUAUCCUUCAAGUGGCACAAAUCGGCCGUGUAGAAAACUCUCCUUCGAUCAGUGUAGAGAAUCGCAUCGCAACCUCGCCUAGCUCUGCGGGCUUGAGUCGCAGCCCGUCCCAACGCUCCGCACCGGCAAAGCCGGCGGUCGUUCCUUAUCGUUCUGUCUCGCAACCUCUGUCCUCUACGAUGUCAAGGCCGGAGUUAAGGAUUCACGUGCUGCCCGCUGCGGAAGGUUUCAAAAGCGGGGCACCUCUUCUGCACCGCUAUCGCACUUCACAGGCCAGAUUCCUGCGGCGCGCGUCACCACGCAGCGCCUCAUCUCCUACACGAGCUCCGCAGCUGCCGUCGUCUGCUGUAAAGGGUGAGACCGCGAAGCAACGAACAGGGUAUGCUCGUCGUAGUCUGCUACCAAAACCUACGGCAGCUCUCUCCAGCGAUGUCGGAUCGUCUCCUUCUUUGUUAGAAGAGUCGACUGCUGCUCGCGCCUCUCCGGCAAGCAACUCACUCACUAGAGCGGACGCAGCGGCGAUACAGGAACAGGCAAGACCACCGACCUACAACCAACCUUCUUUCCAACCCAAGCGAGCAACAGCUUCUGGCACACGGGUACCCGUAAUGCGCGUGCGCCUGAUGGAGCAUGGACAGUCUGCCAGCGACACGGAGAGCACGCACGUCAACAAGGAAGGCGUUUCAGCGACAGCGCGCGCCGAGACCCACACGCUACAAGACCCGUUACAAAGGUCUGAGUGCAGAGAAACAAGUCAACUAACGGACGCUUCGGCAGUAACGCAAGGUACCAGCUUCGAAAAGACAACGACAUCCAGCACAAUAAAGGCCUCUCCCGGUGCUCGGCGUCUUAACGUCUUACUAUCAAAGGAAGUAACGCCGACCUCGUUCUGCAGUGACGGUCGUUGCAUGCACAGCGAGCAGUCCAUCGGAGAGUUCAUCCUCAUGCAGCGAGAGCUGCGCCGUUGCUAUAUGGCAUUGGACGACUACGAGGUGGUCGUCGCACAGUUGCGACAAGAGUGCACCGAGGCUUGGGCGGCGCAUCACCAGUUACAACGACAAUGGGUGCAACGGGAGGCAGAGCUGACGGUGCAGAUCAACGCGGCGCGAGGAAGUGAGAGGGACGCCGAAGUACGCAAGACGGAGAACGGAGACGACAGGCAUCUAGCUGAAUCAAACUGCAGCGUCGAAGACACGGACGUGAAAGCGUGCUUGCAGACAACCUGGCGAGAAACUGUCGACGCGUUGCGGCGCGCCUUCCACGAGGAGAAAGCAACCCACACCGCUACUCGUCGGGAGCUGGACGCAGCACUUGUCGCCGAAAAGCGCUGGAGGACGCGAGCAGCCGAACUGCACAGAUGGCGAAACCGCGUGUGCCGACAACUGGACGACUCGUCUCUCGUGUCCGCCGACACUUCGGAGAAACACGCUGCUGCCACUGGCGUUGGCUCCACGCAGGUGUCGCCGUCACACAGCCCUUUCUUCCCUGGACCCGGCAACCAACACCCUGAGUGCGUUCACGCCUCCAAUGGGUCAUCGCCGGCACCACGUUUCCACUCCCCACCACACCCACAUCAGGCGCCAUCCCGUCCGCAUGCGGAUACCGCGGAAAGCGCCUAUAACAUGGCGGAUGCUUCAGUGCUUUCUGCACUAACAAACGCAUCUGCAGCGAAAGACUCAAAUGGAAAAGCGGCAGAGAAGAGCGUGGUGAAUACUACAACUGGCACUGUCGAUAGAAGUUCUGCGAGCAGCACCGACGCCAGUGGUCUUUCUCAGGAUGACUGUGCUGGCGAUGCAACGGCGGCGGUUGGAAGUGGCAGGGUGAGGGUCGAAACGCCAGAAUUCGAGCCACAAGAGGAACCAGCUGAAGAUUUGAUCAUUCAAAUGCCGUCUCAGCCACAGCUGAGUCGGUCUCCGUUGCAUACGGGUCCUGCACCGCAUGCAGUGACAGAGGCGGCGAGAAGGACACAGGAGGCGGGCGCAGACAACGAAAUAAACCCGAGUUGUAUUGCUUCUCCUCCGACCGAUGCGGGCUGCAUCAAUGACCCGGCUCUGGCGCCUGAAGGAAGAGAACUUGCCGCGCCCCUAGAAAAGGCGACGCAGGCCACAAAGCAGGCACAACAUCAGGAACAGCAGCGGCGGCAGCUUGCGUUUCCCCCGCCGACCUUUGCGAUGACAACAGACGUCCCUGGGUCACACAAAAGCGUUUGUAUGCCGUGGUCUGCCAAGGACACUUCGGAUGCGAGUAGGUCGGCGGUCGUCUUGGCUGAGAGAAAGUGUAAGGAGUUGCUUGGCGCAUUGCUGGACAAGGAACGCCAGCUGGCGCUGAUCGCUGAAGAGCGGACGAAAUACAAACGACUUUACGUGGAGCAGACCGCAAAACAGCCAACAUGA